CUCGGCAAGCUUCUUUAGCAUAUCAUCUAGCAUCUCUUACCUCGUCGUUUUACGAUCCUCCGCGUCAUCAUGUCCAUGAAAUACCUCGCUGCUUACGCUCUGGCUAAUCUCGCCAAGCCCGCUCCGACCGCCGACGACGUUGCGGCCAUCUGCAAGGCCGUCAACAUCGAGGUCGAGAAGGAAACAUUGGAU